AGGAGGAGACGCUCCAUCGCGCGCAGGACAGAAAUAUACACGUAGACCCGGAGACCUCUCCGUUCUUUUGAAAAUACAAAAUAGCCACCUUGUACCGUUGGCGGUCGGAAGAGUGUGAGAAAGUGCCUUUCCUUCGGUCGUUUUGUCUCGUCAAUGAGACUGACGUUUACGGAGCCAGUGGGUUCUCUCGGCGCAAAUAGGCUACUACAAUCGUAACUCGAUCUCCCCCUGUUUUGCGUCGCCCGUGGUUGGUAGGGUCCUCAGUAGUUACACAUGUGUGGUUCUCACUGCUGGACGGCUUCAUGCUCGAAUCCUCUUCUUAUUUCACUGCGCAGUCCUCUACUGUUGAGUGAUCAGACUGCCUUCACUGUUGUUCCAGAGCAGUGAAUAUCUGCCAACAGCCCGUCGGCGACAUUGGUAUGUUUUAUAUUUCCAUUGAGCUACGGGACUAUCCUAUCGUUUUGAAAUAGCUGGAGUGAGAGUUGUGUUUGCCAGAACCUUUGUUUUACCACCGACUAUUCCAUUCAGAGAACAGCGACGCAUUCCCUAGAAGUUGGAGCAUCGUUUGGUGAAGUUUUGACACACCGAUACCGAACAACAAUGGGAUUCUAAUCGGACAAAUCCACACCAGGUAGCCGAGCCUAAGCGGAGCGGGUUGGGCAGACCCUCCCUCCUCCCCCCCCCCCAUCCUCCUCCUCCUCCAGCAUCCCGGUCCGUGCCGUGUUUGUGUCUAUCCGCCGGGGUCGGCGAAGCAUGCUGGCAGUAUGGACGUGAAGGAACGCAGGCCCUACUGCUCGCUGACCAAGAGCAGGCGCGACAAGGAGCGGCGCUACACGGGCUCGUCCGGCGACAGCGAGGAGUGCGGCAGCGGCGGCCCGGGACCGAGGGUACCCACCCAGAAGUCCUACAGCUCCAGCGAGACGCUCAAGGCCUUCGACCACCAGGACUCCUCCAGACUAUUGUACAGCAGCAGAGUGAAGGAGAUGGUGCACCGUGAACAGGACGAGUACACCCGACAAGGGCAGAACUUCAACCUGAGACAACUGGGGAUCUGCGAGCCGUCCACACGCCGCGGCCUGGCCUUCUGCGCCGAGAUGGGCCUCCCCCACCGCGGCUACUCGGUCGGCGCCGGCUCCGACGUGGACCCCGAGAACGAGGGCGUGAUGUCACCGGAGCGCGCUAUGCGGCUGUGGGGCCGCGGGGUGAAGUCGGGCGGCCGGAACUCGUGCCUGUCCAGCCGGUCCAACUCGGCCCUGACCCUCACCGACACAGAGCACGAAAACAAGUCGGACAGCGAUAAUGGUUCUCCCAUGCCAUCCUCUCUACCCAGCCCAUCAGUUACUGACCAUUCACACUCGCAACCACCAUCACCCAAUCUCCAUGACAACCAGAGCUCGUUGCUAAGUAGCGCCAGCGCCCAUCCGGCGGUCCAUGAGUCGGACGAGGACGAGGAAGAGUACACAGCCACGCUGUACUUACCUGUAACGCAGGUCACAGCUCACAGCCACCACGGCCUCGCCUGUAAUGAGCAACCGUCCAAUCACCACCAGCAGGGCCAGUCCACGCUGCCGCCAGCCCCGCCUCCCCACAAGCAGCAGCCGUCUGUCACCGCGCUCAACCACAACUCCCUGAGCAGCCGCAACCGUAACCCCAGCCCGGCCCCACCGGCCGCCCUCCCCGCCGAGCUGCAAACCACACCCGAGUCCGUGCCGCUGCAGGACAGCUGGGUCCUGGGCAGCAAUGUGCCACUGGAGAGCAGAAAAUUAGCAAAGCAAGCCGUUCUGGAAAACGGGCAUGACAACCUGAUAGAGAUGGAUGUGUUUCCUCCCGCGUGCCACGAAGGCGCCUAUGGGGAUGGGCACUUCCUCUUCAAGACAGGCACCGGCACGACCCCUCUGUUCAGCACGGCUACUCCAGGCUACACCAUGGCAACGGGCUCCGUCUACUCGCCGCCCACGCGGCCCCUACCCAGAAACACCCUCUCCCGCUCCGCCUUCAAGUUUAAGAAGUCCUCCAAGUACUGCUCCUGGAGAUGCACUGCUCUCAGCGCCGUGGGACUGUCCGUCCUGCUGUCUGUCCUGCUCUGCUAUUGCAUAGCCAUGCAUCUGUUUGGUCUGAACUGGCAGCUGCAGGAGACAGAGGGCUACACCUUUGAGAACGGUCUGGGGAGGUCAGACACCACACCCAACACCAUCACCGCACUGUCUGCUGAUAACGGUAAACUAGGGGUGUUCCUCCAGGAGAACAACACCAUAGACACAGGGGAGGUGGACGUGGGGCGCAGGGCCGUUCAGGAAGUCCCACCAGGGAUCUUCUGGCGCUCCCAGCUCUACAUUGACCAGCCGCAGUUCCUCAAGUUCAACAUCUCAGUGCAGAGGGAUGCGUUGGUGGGGGUCUACGGCAGGAAGGGCCUGCCCCCCUCGCACACACAGUAUGACUUUGUGGAGCUGCUGGAUGGCAGUCGCCUGAUCACCAAGGAGAAGCGCGGGCUGGUGGAGGGCGUGUCUAGGCGGGCGCGCUCGGUGAGCGUGCACGAAGCGGGCUUCAUCCAGUACCUGGACUCUGGCAUCUGGCACAUGGCCUUCUACAACGACGGGAAGAACUCAGAACAGGUCUCCUACAACACCAUCGUCAUAGAGUCCGUUAUGGAGUGUCCCCACAAUUGCCAUGGCAACGGUGACUGUCUGUCUGGAACGUGUCAUUGCUUCCCAGGGUUCCUUGGGCCUGAUUGCUCAAGAGCUUCGUGCCCCGUGCUGUGCAGUGGUAACGGCCAGUACUCCAGGGGUCGCUGCCUGUGCUUCAGUGGCUGGAAGGGGACAGAGUGUGACGUGCCCAGCAACCAGUGUAUAGACAUCCACUGUGGGGGACACGGCAUCUGUAUCAUAGGCGUCUGUGUCUGCAACACCAGAUACAAGGGAGACAACUGUGAAGAAGUGGACUGCCUGGACCCUGGCUGUUCGGCCCAUGGUGUGUGUAUCCACGGGGAGUGCCACUGCAGCCCGGGCUGGGGGGGCACCAACUGUGAGAUCCUCAAGACCAUGUGCCCCGACCAGUGCUCCGGCCACGGCACCUACCAAAGCGAAAGCGGCACCUGCACCUGCGACACCAACUGGACCGGCCCCGACUGCUCCAUCGAGGUGUGUGUGGUGGACUGCGGCUCCAACGGCGUGUGUUUCGGGGGCAGCUGUCGUUGCGAGGAGGGCUGGACGGGUACGGUCUGUGACCAGAAGGCCUGCCACCCCAUGUGCACUAAGAACGGAGUCUGCAAGGAGGGCAAGUGUGAGUGCAACCAGGGCUGGACCGGCGAGCACUGCAACAUCGCUCACAAUCCGGAUAUUAGAGUCAAAGAGGGCUGCCCAGGCCUGUGUAACAACAACGGCCGCUGUACCCUGGACCAGAACGGAUGGCACUGCGUCUGCCAGUCCGGGUGGCGUGGGGCGGGAUGCGACGUUGCCAUGGAGACCCUCUGCACCGACGGCAAGGAUAACGAAGGAGACGGCCUGGCUGACUGUAUGGACCCAGACUGUUGCCUCCAGACAUCCUGUCAGACGCAGCCGUACUGCCGCGGCUCCCCGGACCCCUCUGAGAUCAUCAGUCAGAGCCCGUCCAGCCUGAUGCCCCAGCAUGCCGCACGCUCCUUCUACCAACGCAUCCGCUUCCUGGUUGGACCAGAGGGCAGCCACGUCAUCACCGGGGACAACCCCUUCAACAAGAGCCUGGUGUCCAUCAUCAGAGGCCAAGUCCUGACGGCAGACGGGACCCCCCUCAUAGGAGUCAAUGUUACCUUCGUCCACUACCCCGACCACGGAUACACCAUCACACGCAAGGACGGCAUGUUUGACCUGUUGACCAACGGUGGGGCCAGUCUGACCCUUAGUUUCGAGCGGGCUCCGUUCCUGAUACAGUACCACACUGUGUGGAUCCCCUGGAAUGUCUUCUAUGUCAUUGACACCCUGGUCAUGAAGAAGGAGGAGAAUGACAUCCCCAGCUGUGACCUGAGUGGUUUCAUCAGGCCCAGUCCUGUCAUCGUGGCCUCUCCCCUCUCUACCUGCUUCAGGUCCUCACCAGAGGAUGGGCCCAUCAUACCUGAGACACAGGUCCUCCAGGAGGAGACGUCCAUCCCGGGCAGCGACCUCAACCUGCUGUACCUGUCCUCGCGGGCGGCCGGCUACAAGCCUGUCCUCAAGGUCACCAUGACGCAGGCCAGCGUGCCCUUCAACCUCAUGAAGGUGCACCUGAUGGUGGCGGUGGUGGGGCGUCUAUUCCAGAAGUGGUUCCCUGCCCAGCCCAACCUCUCCUACACCUUCAUCUGGGACAAGACAGACGCUUACAACCAGAAGGUCUACGGCUUGUCUGAGGCAGUCGUGUCAGUGGGUUUUGAGUACGAGUCGUGUCUGGACCUGAUCCUAUGGGAGAAGAGGACCGCCACACUGCAGGGCUAUGAGCUGGACGCGUCCAACAUGGGAGGCUGGACGCUGGACAAACACCAUAUACUGGAUAUCCAGAACGGCAUCCUGUACAAGGGCAAUGGUGAGAACGUAUUUAUCUCCCAGCAGCCCCCAGUGAUCAGCAGCAUCAUGGGUAACGGCCGGCGCCGCAGCAUCUCGUGCCCCAGCUGUAACGGCCAGGCGGAGGGCAACAAGCUGCUGGCCCCCGUGGCGCUGGCCUGUGGCGCCGACGGGAGCCUCUUCGUCGGGGACUUCAACUACAUCAGACGGAUCUUCCCCUCUGGGAACGUCACCAGUGUGAUGGAGCUCAGAAAUAAAGAUUUCAGACAUAGCAACAACCCGGCCCACCGGUACUACCUGGCGACGGACCCGGUUACGGGGCAGCUGUACGUGUCAGACACCAACUCCCGCCGUAUCUACCGUCCCAAGGUCCUGACGGGCACCAAGGAGCUGAUCCAGAACGGAGAGGUGGUGGCGGGUACCGGAGAGCAAUGUCCCCCCUUCGACGAGGCACGCUGCGGGGACGGGGGCAAGGCCACAGAGGCCCUCCUCAUGGGACCCAAAGGUAUUACGGUAGAUAAGAACGGGUACAUCUACUUCGUAGACGGGACCAUGAUCAGGAAGGUGGAUCGUAACGGGAUCAUCUCCACCCUGUUGGGCUCCAACGACCUCACCUCAGCACGACCCCUGACCUGUGACACCAGCAUGCACAUCAGACAGGUUCGUCUGGAGUGGCCCACAGCCCUGGCCAUCAACCCCAUGGAUAAUUCCAUCUAUGUCCUGGACAACAAUGUGGUGCUGCAGAUCACUGAGAACAGACAGGUGCGCAUCGUGGCGGGACGUCCCAUGCACUGCCAGGUGCCAGGUAUAGAAUACAUGCUGGGCAAGCGGGCGGUGCAGACCAUGCUGGAGGGAGCUGCUGCCAUCGCCCUCUCCUACAGUGGCGUGCUCUACAUCGCCGAGACGGAUGAGAAGAAGAUACACCGCAUCCGCCAGGUGUCCACGGACGGCGAGAUCACACCCUUGGCCGGAGCUCUGUCCGACUGCGACUGCAAGAACGACGCCAACUGCGACUGCUACCAGACGGGCGACGGCUACGCCAAAGACGCCCGCCUCAACUCGCCCUCCUCGCUUGUCGUCUCGCCCGACGGUACGCUCUACGUGGCCGACCUGGGCAACAUCCGCAUCCGCGCCGUCCGCCGCAACCAACCGCCGUCGGGCUCCGCCGUUUCCGGCCCGGGCUCCUUCGAGGUGGCCUCGCCGUCGUCCCAGGAGCUCUACGUGUUUGAUUCCAACGGAACCCACCAGUUCACCAUGUCUCUCGUCACCGGUGACUACAAGUACAACUUUAGCUAUAGCAACGAGGAGGACGUUACCGCGGUGACGGAUAGUAGUGGCAACACCUUGAGGAUCCGCCGCGACCCCAACCGGAUGCCGGUGCGGAUCGUUGCCCCGGACAACCAGGUGAUCUGGCUGACAAUCGGGACCAAUGGCGGGUUGAAGACACUGACGGCCCAGGGACAAGAGCUGGUGCUGUUCACCUACCAUGGCAACAGUGGGCUGCUCGCCACCAAGACCAUACAGAUAGGAUGGACCACCUUCUAUGAUUAUGACAGUGAGGGUCGUCUAACCAAUGUGACGUUCCCUACGGGGGUGGUGACCAACCUGCACGGGGAUAUGACCGGGGCCAUCACGGUGGACAUCGAAACGUCCGGACGCGACGAGGACGUCAGCAUCACCACUAACCUCUCCUCCAUCGACUCCUUCUACACACUGGUCCAGGACCAACUAAGGAACAGCUACCAGGUGGGCUACGACCACUCUCUGAGGGUGAUCUAUGCCAACGGGAUGGACACACACUACCAGACGGAGCCCCACAUCCUGGCGGGCGCUGCCAACCCCACGGUGGCACGGAGGAACAUGACGCUGCCCGGGGAGAACGGGCAGAACCUGGUGGAGUGGCGCUUCCGCAAAGAGCAGACCCGGGGGAAAGUCAUCGUGUUCGGAAGGAAGCUCCGGGUGAAUGGCAGAAACCUUCUCUCGGUGGAUUACGACCGAACUCUCCGGACAGAAAAGAUCUACGACGACCACAGGAAGUUCCUGCUGAAGAUCGUGUAUGACACCCAGGGUCACCCUACUCUGUGGGUCCCCAGCAGUAAGCUGCUGUCAGUCAACCUUACCUACUCCAGCACGGGGCAGGUGACCAGCCUACAGAGGGGUCCCACCACAGAGAGGGUGGAGUACGAUGGUCAAGGGAGGAUUGUGUCCCGAGUGUUCGCCGAUGGAAAGACCUGGAGUUUUACAUACCUGGAUAAGUCCAUGGUGCUCCUGCUCCACAGCCAGCGUCAGUACAUCUUUGACUACGACCUGUUGGACCGUCUGUCUGCUGUCACCAUGCCUUCGGUGGCCCGUCACACCAUGCAGACCAUCCGCUCCCUGGGCUACUAUCGCAACAUUUACAACCCCCCGGAGAGCAACGCCUCGGUCACCGUCGACUACAGCGAAGACGGACAGCUCCUCAGAGUGGCCCACCUAGGGACAGGUCGUAGAAUUCUCUACAAGUACCGACGACAGAACAAAAUGGCGGAGAUCUUGUAUGAUUCUACGAGGGUUAGCUUCACCUACGAUGAGACAGCCGGUGUGCUGAAGACGGUGAACCUCCAGAGUGAAGGGUUCAUCUGUUCCAUCCGGUACCGGCAAAUUGGACCGUUGGUGGACCGGCAGAUCUUCCGGUUCAGUGAGGACGGCAUGGUGAACGCACGGUUUGAUUAUACCUACGACAACAGCUUCCGGGUCACCAGCAUGCAGGCUGUCAUCAACGAGACGCCGCUGCCCAUCGACCUGUACCAGUUUGACGACAUCUCCGGGAAGGUGGAACAAUUCGGAAAGUUUGGUGUUAUCUACUACGACAUCAACCAGAUCAUCUCCACGGCCGUCAUGACCUACACCAAGCACUUCGACGUCCACGGACGGAUCAAGGAGAUCCAGUACGAGAUUUUCAGAUCCCUCAUGUACUGGAUCACCAUCCAAUAUGACAACAUGGGCCGGGUGACCAAACGCGAGAUCAAGAUCGGACCGUUCGCCAACACGACCAAGUAUGGUUACGAGUACGACGUGGACGGUCAGCUCCAGACGGUCUACCUCAACGAGAAGAUGAUGUGGCGCUACAACUACGACCUGAACGGCAACCUCCACCUGCUCAACCCGGGUAACAGCGCCCGGCUCACCCCGCUACGCUACGACCUCCGAGACCGCAUCACGCGGCUCGGGGACGUCCAGUACCGGUUGGACGAUGACGGGUUCCUGAGACAGAGAGGAGCUGAGAUCUUUGAGUACAACUCCAAGGGCCUUCUAGAACGCGUCUACAGCAAAGGCAACAGUUGGACCAUCCAGUACCGCUACGACGGGUUGGGCCGCCGUGUGGCCUCCAGAACCAGCCUGGGCCAGCACCUGCAGUUCUUCUAUGCAGACCUGAACUACCCGACCAGGAUAACUCACGUCUACAACCACAGCAGCUCAGAGAUCACAUCUCUCUACUACGACCUGCAGGGACACCUCUUCGCCAUGGAGAUCAGUAGCGGAGAGGAGUUCUAUAUCGCCUGUGACAACACCGGAACCCCUCUAGCAGUGUUCAGUAGUAAUGGGCUUCUUCUGAAGCAGGUGCAGUACACAGCCUAUGGCGAGGUCUACUUUGACUCCAACCCUGACUUUGUCCUGGUGAUCGGCUUCCACGGGGGUCUCUACGAUCCCUUGACGCGCCUGCUGCAUUUCGGGGACCGGGACUAUGACAUCCCGGCGGGGCGCUGGACCACCCCAGACAUCGGGACGUGGACAAGAGUCGGGAAAGACCCGGCGCCGUUCAACCUGUACAUGUUCCGGAACAACAACCCUGUCAGCAAAGUUCACGAGGUCAAGGAGUACGUCACAGAUGUCAAUAUCUGGCUGGUGACGUUUGGGUUCCACCUUCACAACGCCAUCCCCGGGUUCCCCAUCCCCAAGUUCGACCUCACACAGCCGUCACUGGAGAUGAAGAAGAGCCAGCUCUGGGACGACCUGCCGUCCAUCUCAGGGGUGCAACAGGAAGUGACCCGGCAAGCCAAGGCUUUCCUGUCCUUCGAGAGGAUGCCGGAGAUCCAGCUGAGCCGCCGGCACUCCAACCGGGAGAAACCCUGGCUGUGGUUCGCCACCGCCAAGUCGCUGAUCGGUAAGGGUGUUAUGUUGGCGGUGACGCAGGGCCGUGUGGUCACCAACACUCUGAAUAUCGCCAACGAGGACUGCAUCAAGGUCGCCGCCGUCCUCAACAAUGCGUUCUACCUGGAGGACCUACACUUCACGGUGGAGGGACGCGACACGCACUACUUCAUCAAGACCAGCCUCCCGGAGAGCGACCUGGGAGCGCUGCGGCUGACAAGCGGGAGGAAGUCGCUGGAGAACGGAGUCAACGUGACUGUGUCCCAGUCCACCACCGUGGUGAACGGCAGGACUCGGCGCUUCGCCGACGUGGAGCUGCAGUACGGCGCUCUGGCGCUCCACGUGCGCUACGGCAUGACUCUGGACGAGGAGAAGGCGCGUGUUCUGGAGCAGGCCAGGCAGAAGGCGUUGGCGAGCGCCUGGUCCAGGGAGCAACAACGGGUUAGGGAGGGGGAGGAGGGGGUGAGGCUGUGGACGGAGGGGGAGAAGAGGCAGCUGCUGAGCGGAGGGAAGGUGCUGGGCUACGAUGGGUACUACGUCCUCUCCAUAGAGCAGUACCCCGAGCUAGCAGACUCCGCUAACAACAUCCAGUUCCUCAGGCAGAGCGAAAUAGGGAAGAGGUAACAGACAGAAUCCUCGGCACUGGCCGCCAAAGAGACUACCCCCUCCAAAUCCUGCCCCCCAACCUCCCUCGCCUCUACCCUUUUCUCUAAAAAGGGGGAGGGUCCAGGCUAGUGCUGUGUUUAGCGCCGCCUAGCUGAAACAAACACAGUAAAAUGUAGAAAUAUCUCAAACUGAACUAAACCUAACACUACCACUGUGGGGCCUGAAAAUCAAACAAAGCGGCUCCAACCGACGCAGAUGUUUGUCCCGUGCUAUACAGCGUUGAAUGGACUGUGGACUCUCUUGAAAAGAGAGGGAAAAAAAGUCAGAACUCUCGGUUUUGUGAAAGGAAAAAAAAGGUUUUUGUUUUUUAAAUCGACUUCCUGCUAUUUGCUUUCGGAAAAAAAUAUUUUAAAAAGGAAGAAAAAAUGUGUUUACAUAUACGCAUACCACUGCAGCACGUCUGGACAAAUAGACAAAAAGCCUUCUGGUUUCUUACAAAGGACAACGUCUAUAAUCUGAUUCUACAUCCUGACGACUGACCUUUGAUUGACCUUUGCGUACUGAAAAAGGUAGUGUUGUUGUUCGCAGUAGGACCAUGGGUCUCCAAUGGUGGCAUCAAGACAGUCAAAACCACUUGUUGAAAUCACUUGCUUGUUCUCCUGCUUUUCUUUCUAAAAGGGACAAAACAGCUCCCACCAAGUGACUUCUUUACCAAUACUAGAUCAAAGUGGGACGUUUUGGGAAUCGGGAGGGUGUGUGUGUGUGUGUGUGUGUACAAUGGAGACAAUUUGUGUGUGUGUGUGUGUGUGUGUGUGUAUGGAGGAAGUUAAUCAAUUAAAUGAAAUGAAAGAAUCAUAUCCAACCAAUCUUUUGAAAAACAAUGUGAGACAGUAUCUUUAUGGAUUUUUUUAUUAAGAUGAAAAAUUCCAAAAUUAUCCGUACAUCAAUAUUAGCCUCUUAGAGAAAGUAAUUUAUGUACAGUGUUUAUACAUAAAAAAAAUAAAAUCGUAAAAAUAUGAAGAUUUUUUUUUCCUUCGUCAUACGUUACUGUUUAUACUCUUCAUUAAGUUUUCAAUAUUUUAUCCUAUUAUAAUUCAUGGUAAUGCUUAUUGAAAUAACAUAUAAAAAAUCAACCUUACUGUAUUAUUGAUUUCUGCAUUGAGAAUAUUCCAAGUAGGGUUUUUAAUUUUCUUGCCUUCAUUGAUCAGAUUCCCUGAUAUCUGAGACGAAACCACGUUUUGUUUUGGCACUUAUAUUUUUUUAUUAGAAAAGUGUCAGUUGAAUGGUCGAUGUCAGUCAGACAACCAUAUGUCUUAGGAAAUACUAGACUACUACUAUCAAGAGCUGGAGAAGAGCUUGGCUGUGUGGUAUGGUAGUAUAUCCUACCUUGUGGAAAUAGCCUUUCAACCUUAAGUCCUUUUGAGUAGGACACAAGGAAGGGCCGCUUGUCCUUCUUCAGCUAGAGGGUUUGAAAACAAAACCUCUUGGUUGUCUUACCUAGAUAUUAUUUCUGCCUUUCCUAUAACAAAACCAUGCUGUUUCUUAGAUCUUAGCUCAAACGAGAAGGCUUCUCAUAAUCACUAUUAAGGAUGGAAAAUUCCAGAAACUUGGAAGAUCCAAUUGGGACUUAUGGAAAAACCUGGUAAUUUUGGGAUCAUUUCCAGAAUUUUCCAGUCCUAACCACUAUAGCUCUUUGCUCUUUUUCUCCCUAGUUUAGGAAGAGCUUAACUCAUCAAUCAAAUGUAUUUAUAAAGCCCUUCUUACAUCAGCUGAUGUCACAAAGUGCUGUACAAAAACCCAGCCUAAAACCCCAAACAGCAAGCAAUGCAGGUGUAGAAGCACGGUGGCUAGGAAAAACUCAUGUUCCUUGUACCAGCACAGAGAGCACAGGUAGGGCUGCAGCAGUGACAACUGAACAGAACCAAAUACGAGCCUCUUGACUUGAACAGAUACAACACCACCAUAAUCCAAGGGACCAUGUAACAUCAUGCUCGUAAAUGUAUUCCUCCAACUUCACUUCUUUUAUCCUAAACAUGGCUAAAAUCAAGUGCAAACACAAUCACAUCAAGCAGUUCAUUAGAUAGGGCAAAGGGCAGAGUUUAGCUCAAGUUCCGGAGGGGAAAAGAGCGAGAGAAUAAAUCUGGGAAAAGCCUACAAACGGCUCUAUGUGCACUCUGGGUAAUGUUUCCCGACAUAACCUAAAUGGCUAGUGAGUGUAAUGUAAAGGAGUUGCCAGGGUGAUGAACAUGACAUCAGCACUAUGAACUAACUCUCCCUACUCAUCUCUCUGCCUGAGGGAGAUAACACACAUAUUCACCCACAGAAAGAGAAAGAAAAGGUUUUUUAACACCAAACUAUGACCAUUUCAAAGAUUUUAGUUGUUGUGAUGUUCUGAACCACACUUGAGGAAACGUUGCCAGUCACACGAACUCUACAUCCCCAGGAGCCAUACCCAAACGCGUUUUUCGUCAGGAAGUUGUUCUGGAGGCAGCUCUGCAGAGUGGUCACUAGCUGGCACAGCCACAAAGUCAUAACAUUAACACUAACCUUAACCACACUACUAACCCUAAUGCCUAAUCCUAUCCUUGAAUUAAGACCAAAAAUGUAAUUUUAGUUUUCAUGGAUUUUUCCAAUAUAGCCAACGUUGACUUUCCAGCUGGCCUAAGGGUAAAUCGCUCAGUUCUGCCUCUAGGACAAGACUCAUGAAAAUAAGCGUCAACCUGCUACCCAAACAGAAGAUUACAACACCCGUUCUCAAAUGUUUCUCGUGUUUCCCUGUUGCUUUUUCAGUCAAUGUGACCGCCCCAUACAGUGGUUCAAAUCUGUUUCUUUUGUAAACAGAUUGUAAAAAAGACAUAGCGAAUGAGAAAGUAUUGUUUUUUUGCUUUAUGAUUCUUUACAUAUAUAUAUCAAUCACUGAAUUGUAUUGCCUAGCUUAUUUUUCUAUUCAUAUGUGUGACAAGGUGGACAGAAGAGGGAAGGACGUAUACUCCCAGGUUGUUUGUGUGUUGAUUUGACUAUGUUGUUGUCAGAUUUUCUCUGGUGUUAUUGGUUGGUCUUGGUCUGUACCAUGUGCCAUUUAUUCUGCAGGGGGAGUCAAAGUUGAUCCUACCCCUGCUGUAUCACAUUGCUACUAUGAUGCCCCCCCCUCUCCCCCAUCGUCAGCCGAAAGUGCAGUAGCCCAAUCACAUACAGUGGCUUAAGAUCAGGACUCAACAUACUGAGUUUUCCUUUUGACUUUGCUGAUCUCUCAAAAUAACACUUCCCCAAAAUUAGACAAACAUACACUUUUAGUGCUGUUCUGUUUUACUAAGUAGAAUGUUCCAGUCUAGCAAUGUGUCAGACACCUCCUAUUGGAGCGGACACACAAGUGCUAGAAGGAGGGGAGCAUAUGGUGUUUCGGGGGUUGAAAAAGGAUCAUCCCACAAACAUGCAGGAAGCAAUGUGUUCUGGGUAUUGUUUGCAUGCUUACAAAGUAAAACGCCCUUCCAUCCGUCCAGUCAUUGUUUCCCAUCCAUGUUAGAACAUUUACAUAUCUACAUGGUCAAAUGCUUCUGUAUUAUAUUGCACUACAAUGUAACAGCGUUAUUGCUUAAUGUUUAGUCCAUAUAAUAACCUUAGAGUGCUGGUCGAUGCCAGGUCAUAACCUUGAUGUCUGGGCUCCAGGUAGAAGCUUCCCCUUAGGCACAGAUCUAGGAUCAGCCUCCAACUCCAAUCCUACUUAACCAUUAGGGGGUGAAACACAAAACUGGCCUUAGAUCAGUGUCUCUAAAGGCAUCAUACCUACCUUCCGCUUUGUCUGAAGAUGGUGAUUAGUUAGAGGAAUUUCCUUUCUCAAAGAACUUCCUGACUUUAGCAGGAGAGGCUCAUGGGAUUGGUACCACUGCUGACCGUAACGCUGAGUCAAGCACCAGCGUCGCUAUAAAUAUCAUAUUACCGCCAUUUUGUAGAAUGAUGUCUAUAGUGAUGUCACCACUAGCACCACCACAGCCACCUCUCUCACCCUAUCGCAAAAAACACAUCUGUUCUGCGGUGUCACACAGUUUACAGACCUGAAGGGACAGCAAACACGGCAACGUUGAGACAACGCCGUGUGGCGGUUGUGUGUUAGCUGGGAGUCUUCUAUAGUGUGUGGUGAUGAGAAUUUGAGCAAAGAAAAUGUGUACUUUUAUUUUUGUUAAGACCAUUGUUGUCCAGAGUCACAGGUUAGCUGAUGGUUUGGAGAUUGAGAGAAUUUGAUAAAGAUUUUUCUAUGUAUUUUGUCAUUUGUUUUCGUUCUCAGAAAAUGAAACAGAUGGCCGAAAAGUGAUUUUAAUUGUUCAGUCAGUCCUCUCUUUGUAAAGAAGGUACAACAUAUCUUUUUAAUUUAUUCAGAGAUUUGUUCAUUUUUUUCUUUCAAUCUACAUCCUCCGCGAAAGUUUCAUCAUAAUUAUAUUGUUUUUAUAUAAACAAACAUUGCUGUUUUUAGAGUGCAAUUAAAGUGCAAUUUUAAUGUAAGUUCCGAAAGGUCAUUUCCGGGGAUGCAAUCCCUUUUCUCUCCCAGAUGUUAAAGAUCCAACAGAGAUCAAUCAUGAUAACAAUAAAACAUGUCAUACUGUGAAGGUUUCUGAA